AAAAACAAGUAACGACUUCCCUCGGUCAGUCAAUGGAAGAUUCUCUUAUGGCUCAAGUUGUUUACGAUUGUGAGAAAUAAAUCCGAGCCAGUGAAGUACCGUCAAAGCGCAAUUGAAUGAAAAUUGAUUUGAAAUGAUUUCUCCCUAAAUUCUACCUCGAGUUGAGGUUAGACCUAGAAGGCGAAAACGAGUGAGACAAUUUAUUUAUAUGUGCAGAAAUAGAAGAAAAUAAAAAGGUCCUAAAUAUUUCAGCACUCGCGCGAGCAGCUCGCGUAUCCAUCGUAUAGUACUGAGCGAGCACACAUAGCCAGAAGUCGGUUGGUUGGCUGGUUGGAUCGCCCGCUCAGCUCAGUCAGACGGCCAAAUAUUAAUGAAGCAAAAUAAAAAUAAACAUCAAAACAGCAUAAUAAAACUCCAACUACGCCCGGAGCAGGAGUCUCGCGGGAGCAUUUCUAAAUGUGCGAGGUGUGUAGUUCGCACGACCUAGUGCUUGGCGGUAAACAGAAGAGAUCGGGGGCAGGAUCGCUCGUCGGCCGCAUUCACUUUUGGCCGAAUCAGCAGCGGGAUAGUGCGAAUGAAGAAAGUGCAUGGUUUUAAGCGGUGAAAUACAAUCAGGGAAUAAGUGUUGUUUGAAAAAAAUGUGAAAAUAUGUUAUUUCUCGGUGUUUCAAAUAGUUUGCUUUAAUGAGUAUUAUAAUGUGUUUAGUUUCAAAUUCUGGUUAGUGGUUUUUGAAAAGUUACGAAAGUGUGUCUCACAGCGCUAUAUCAGUCCUAGUGGUGUGCGGCUACUUUCACCGGGGCAAUAGCUCGGUGAAACCCCAUCGGUCGCAGUGGCCCCCCAGAAUGUGUCCAGUGGUGCCGCGGGGGCCAGCCGAAUGUACGGGCUGAUCUUUGUGCUGCUUUCUGUAGUGCUCUCGUCGGCGAGCCCCCUGGCGGUGCCAUCAGUGGCUCAGUUAAACGAGAAUAAUCGGAAGCACGGUGAAAAGAUUCCGAUUCCUGCCGGUCACCAUAAUCAGCACCAGCAACAGCCAUCAGUUUCUCAUAUCCCGCCAUCACAGAAUGGUCGUCGAAGGAUCGAUGCUGCCUCUUCGAUGGAUCUCGUCCGGUACUGGCCGGGAACUCAACCGGAUCUGUACAAUAUCACACUGAGUGCCAUGAAGCAAUAUAUUAAGAAUCAGUUGAAUAUGACAGGGCUCGGAGGAGGUCCCCGGAAGCGAUCUCAUCACUAUUCUGAUGCGGAUCUCGAUUUCUAUAAAAAGAUUCAAGAAUUCAACAAUACACAGUCAACGAUAGGUUCUAAAUCAGUAGCGCAAAGCAAUAAUAAAUCAUCUGUAUUGAGUGUUGCUCAUAGCCCUGAUGCCUCACGUCCUGACAUGACAAUGGACUUAUCGGAGCUAUCGGAACAUGAUUUGCAGAUAGAAGACCCGAUGGCUUCGUUCGAGCAUCCCGUGGACCAUUCCAACGAUCUGGCUGCUGCGGGUGCUACCGCAGGCCGCAAAGAAAUCGGAUCCACUCCUCACGCCAAGGAUUUCAAUGUGCUGAUGGAUGAUCCACGGGGAUAUAUUCCUGCGGUUCCUUCCAACUCCCAUCGACCAGCGAAAACGACAACGUGGGACUCGGCGUUCGUCAGACACAAAGGUGAGGUUUUGACGUUUAUUAUUUUAGGCUAG